UCCACCAUGUAAAACGUCAGUCGAUGUGAAUAUAUUCGUGAAAAUUCUAAUCCAAUUUGGUAAGGAUAUCGGCGAUUAUAACUAAAAAAUGGAGGAGCAGAAAUUAGAGCAAUUGCGUGGCAAAAAUCCAGAUGAAAUCAAAUCUAUCUUAACUGAAUUUAACUCGAAAAAUGACGGCCUUUUUGAUUUUUCAAUGUUCCAUGUAGAUGGGUGCUGGCACGCUAUGUGGCGCACACUGUUUGAUAUUCUUAAAGAUGAUAAUUUAGUAGGUCUACACUCUCUAACUCUGAAUAGCGUUCGUAUCUUAACGCGUGACAAGUGUAGUCUGCAGGCAGAAGAUUUAGAGGAAGAUGUGUUGUGCCUCCUUAAAUUGGCUCAUCUGGAACAUCCUGAAGCCGUUGAAGAAUCAGAUUCAGUUGCUCGCAAAGAAGGUGACUUAGAUGUUGAUGGAGCAGUAGUUCAAGAUGUUACUUUGCAUUGGAGUGAUAACACAACGCAAAUCGUCGUUGAGUCCCUUAAAUGUUUGUGCAAUUUAGUAUUCCAAUGUGCAGAUCGCCGUCGUCAGUGUGUUAAAUCAAAUAUCACAGACGCUAUUCUUAAACGUGUCGCUUCAUCAGUACAACAUCCGUCUUCUGUAGAGUUUUUUGAUAUGAAAUUAUUGUUUUUAAUAACGGCAAUGGAACCAGCUACCCGUACACGGGUGCAACUUGAUUUAAAUGGAGUUGCUUAUAUGACUGAGUGGCUUGAUGAAAAGUUGGCAGAAAAAGAGAUUACUGAUCAGCAUUUGGAUUUAUUAUGUGAAAUGUUAAAAGUAAUGUUUAAUAUUACAACCAAUGCAGAUAAAAGUCCCAAUGAGAAUGAAAUUCAAAGCCGACAUUUGACUGGUGUAAUCAGAAACUUACUUCUUAAUUUUGGACAAUUGGAAAAUGAUCGAGAACGCAAUGUUAUUAUGCAUGCCAUCAAU